AGUCACUUCCUCAUGUUCACUCCCCUGUGAGGCAGAAGAGGGCUGUUCUUAUUUAAGUGGGGAGGGAAAUGGUGGAGAGGAAAGUGAGACAGCUUCAGUAGACAGAGGGACAUAAACAGCUUGAUCUCUGCCUCCCGACUCUCUUUUUGUGAACCUUACUGUGGACGAAGAGCAGCAGCAGUGAUGGCUGACUCAAAAAAGAUCAAGGUCCAUGCAGCAAAGGUCCUAGGCUGCGUAGAGAAAGUGACCUCCUUCGCCUCCUCCAUCGACCCCAUCUUUGGCAUUGUCUCCUCCCUGGUUGGGGUGGCUCGCAAGGGACUGGUAGAUGAAGAGAGCCACGCCCUAGACAAGGACUUCCAGGAGGUCAACUUCAAACUGGAGACCAUCUCCCAAAAGAAUCAGCAAUGCCUGAAGAAGAUCCGCAUCAACGAUGUAAAUGAAACCUACGGAAAGUAUGAGGAGUACAUCAAGCACCAGUACGCUGCCUUUAACAACAUGGUGGCUCAGGUGAAGACAGAUCCAGCUAACACAGAGCGCCACUUUGAGAACUAUGAGAACAUUUAUGAGAGAGACAAGAGUGAUAUGAGCCUGGAUGUGUACUAUCGUGGAGUGAUGGGCACCAACCUGCUGUUUGGGAGAACCCUGCUGAAGGUGUACCUGGACGACUGCGAAGGAGACCUGGAGAUCAUGGAGCGCCGCUGUUCACACAUCACGCACCUGUUCCACAUGGGCCUCAUUGCCCUGAUGGCCUACACAGCUGUCACAGAGGAUGAUGAAGACAUGGUUCGGGAUAAGUGGGCCAAGAGGGUGUUGGAAAUCCAGCAGAAGAUGCAGGAUGUGCUGAGUCAGUGCAAAACUGCACCUGCAAACCCAAGUCCUCCUGAACAUAGACUAGCAGAGAGUGGAGCUACUCUGGUCUGAUCACUGAACUCUCAGCAGUGGACCAAUGUCAAAUAAAAAUUAUAUUAUGAUAUAUUACUAUCUAUAAUUAAACCAAAGCCAUGUGUUCUCUUGUGAAUUGAAGCUGCUCAAAAUGUUGUUGUAGCAGUGUUUUAGUUAUUGUAUCGGCAUGUGCUAUUUUUGUUUCAGAGACCACUAUCUCUUGCAGCUGCAUUGUUACUGCAUGUGCUGAAGUUUUCUACAAUCAUUUGAAUUAAAAUGUACUAUCUAUUACUUGAUCAAGCUGUUUAUUUGUGAAAUCCACUCCAUCUGCAACAAAACAAACUAUUGAUAAAUAAAAAAGUAAUGAUAAACUGUUUUUUUUUAAAUCUGAACAAGGCCUUCUGUAAGGGCAAAGCAUUAUUCAUCUGCGUACAAUGUACACAAAAAUACUCUUGUAGAGAACAAAGCCCCUAAUACACCUGUCGAACAUACCUGGCCUUGAAUGACACUGAAUAUGCAUUCCUGAUACAGAAUAAAUGGUAAACUUUACAAUUGAAA